AUGAGAGUUGCUCUCAGUUCUUUCCGCAUCCUCAGUUUGCUCAUCCCCAGACGGUUGGAAAACCUGCAGAGAAGGGGCUUGAGCGCCGCGCCUAUGCGUCUGGUGCAGUUUCAUCGCCUCAAUGAUGGGGGUGUUAGAGUGGGAGUGGAACAGGGCGAAGGCCUCGAUGUGGUUGACCUGAAGGCGUUCGACCCCUCCGUGCCUUGCACGAUGAAAGAGCUUCUGGAGAUGGGAGACGAAGGGCUGGAGCGUGCACGCAGGGCAGUCUCGUCUGGCCAGUGCGUGCUGAAGCGCUCCGACGUCAGACUCUUGUCUCCCAUUUUAUCCCCGGAGAAGUUGGUGUGUGUGGGUCUGAACUACCGGGACCACUGCCUGGAACAGAACGCUCCUAUCCCUAAGGAGCCCAUCAUCUUCAACAAGUUCCCCAAUGCCAUUACAGGACCCUUCCAUGACAUUGUUCUUCCUUCGGAGAGCCAGGAGGUAGAUUGGGAAGUGGAACUGGCCUUCGUGAUCGGACGGAGAGGAAAGCACAUCAAGGAAGAAGAGGCCCUCUCCUACGUGGCGGGCUUCACAGUCGCCAAUGACGUCAGCGCGCGCGACUGGCAGAUGAAACGCAAUGGAAAGCAGUGGCUGCUUGGAAAGACGUUUGAAAGCUUUUGUCCCCUCGGCCCUGCAUUAGUGACCACCGAUGCUGUGAGAGAUCCGCACAAGUUGGGAAUUCGCUGUCUGCUCAAUGGAGAACCUGUCCAGAGCAGUAACACUGAUCAGAUGAUCUUCAAGACUGAGGCCCUAAUCUCCUGGGUUUCAAAGUUUGUUACAUUAACUCCUGGAGACGUGUUCCUGACAGGCACCCCUCCUGGUGUGGGGGUGUUCAGAAAGCCGCCAGUCUUUCUCAAGAAAGGAGAUGUUGUGGAGUGCCAAAUCGAUCAGUUGGGAUCUAUUGUCAAUAAAGUGGUUUGA